AUGCUACUCCUGAAGCCGAUCCGCUUAAGAACUCGUCAGAUUUCCCAAUAUGCUUCCGCGGCUUCACAAGAAUUGUCUGCACCUAAAGCGGUCUCCACAACACCACCAAAGGGGCUUAAUUUCUACAUCUCUACCCUCCAAACCCGUGCCUCUGUUGAUCAACUUCAUAAACUUCACGCUGAGAUUCUCAAGACUCACUUCUCCCGGAACAUAUUCCUGUUGACACGUCUAGCUCACGCUUACCUCAAAUUUGGUUGCCUGAAUAUUGGAGAAAGAUUUGUUGUCAGCAUCAUCAAGAACCCACCUUUGUUUCUUUGGAAUGAGAGGAUCAAAUGUUAUGCAAGGAAAGGUCGUUACAGAGAGUCAAUCGAUCUUUAUUACGAGAUGGUUCGAAGUGGAUACAAACCGAAUGCCUUCACGUUUACAUUUGUGCUGCCCGCUUGCGCUGGGUUGAAGUCGGUUAAAGAUUGUCGAAGGGUUCAUACUGAUGUUUUGUGGUUCGGUUGCGAGUAUAACGAGUUUGUUAUCACCGCUCUUAUUGACGUCUAUGGGAAGUGCGGCGAUUUAAGUUCCGCACGCCAACUGUUCGAUGAAAUGCCAGUGAAGAAAACCGCAAGCUGUAACGCCCUGAUGGCUGCGUUUGUACUGGAUGAGAAGUUCGAUGAUGCCUUAUCACUCUUUAAUGAAAUGAAGAAGUUGGGGAUCCCAUCAGAUACCAUUACCAUGGUUAGGGUACUUCAGUCAUGUGCCUCUUUGGGUGCUUUACAACAGGGAAGAUGGGUGCAUGAGCAAAUAAUAAGGACCCAAAUGGUGGUGAACGUACAAUUAGGUUCAGCUCUGAUUAACAUGUACGCUAGAUGUGGUAGCAUAGAAGAAGCCCAUCAUGUGUUUGAAGAAAUGCCAAAAAAAGAUCUCAUCGCGUGGACAUCAAUCAUAUGUGGGUAUGGAAUGCAUGGUCUUGCCCAUCUUUCAGAAUCUCUUUUCCUUCGUAUGGUGAGUCAUGGUCUAAGACCUGAUGCCAUAACAUUUGUUGGAGUUUUGUCAGGUUUUAGUCACAAUGGCAUGGUAGAAAAAGGGUGGUAUUAUUUCAAGAAAAUGUCUGAUGAAUUUAAUGUAAAGCCUGUUUUAGAGCAUUAUAGUUGCAUGGUUGACAUGCUUGGUAGAGCUGGCAGAUUAAAUGAAGCCGAAAACCUUCUGAAGCAUAUAACUGUAAAACCCGAUUCCAUGAUAUGGGGUGGGCUGUUAACUGCAUGCAAGAUCCAUAAAAAUGUUGAAAUGGCUGAAAGAGUUGUAUCCAAGAUUCUUGAAUUGGAUCCAACUAAUGCUGGAUGGCAUGUGCUCAUGUCCAACAUCUAUGCAACUUGUGGGAAAUGGGAUCAAGUUGCCAAAAUGUGGGGAAAAAUAAAAGAUUUGAAGUUGGAAAAGCAACCCGGGUGGAGUUCCAUUGAAGUUACAGGCCAAAUUCACACGUUUCUUGUGUUUGAUCAAUCACAUCUGAUGUCCAAAGAGAUUUAUAGUUACCUCAAGUAUGUAAAAGAACGGAUGAAAGUUGAAGGUUAUGUUCCUGAAACAAGUGUUGUGUUUGAAAAAGUUGAUGAGGAAACGAAGGAGGAGAUGGUAUUUUGUCAUAGUGAAAGACUGGCGAUUGCAUUUGGGAUUCUAAGCACUUUGGAUGGUGAUGUGUUGAGAGUGAUGAAGAACUUGCGGGUGUGUGUGGAUUGUCAUAAUGUUAUUAAGUUUAUAUCUGGAAUUGAAUGUAGAGAAAUUAUUGUUAGAGAUGCGAAAAGAUUUCAUUGUUUUAAGGAUGGUGUAUGUAGUUGUGGAGAUUAUUGGUGA